UUCCCACUCCGUCUCCUGCAACAACCAAGAGCGAUCAGUAUGGCUUCGCGUUCCGUGAUCAAGGCAGCUCUCUUGCUGGGUCUGGUGUACGGAGCGGUAGCUGGUGGAGGCUACGGCUCCUCCGGCGGUGGAGGAGGCUUCGUUGGAGGAAGCCAUGGCGGCGCUGGAGGUAGCUUCGGAGGCUUCGGAGGUGGAAGCCACGGCGGCGUUGGCGGAGGCAGUUUCAUCGGAGGAGGCGGAGGCCACGGUGGCUACGGCGGAGGCGUUGGCGGCGGCAGCGUCGUGAAAGCACGCCUGGUCGGAGUCGGCUACCUCCCCUCUAUCGGAGGUGGCGCCGUCGGAGGCCACGGUGGCGGCGCUGGAGGCUUCAUCGGCGGCGGCAGCUCCUUCGGCAGCGGUGUGGGAGGCGGAUUCGGAAGCCACGGGUCAUCCGGACACGGCGGACACGGCGGAUACGGCGGAUACGGCGGGAAAUAAAUGUACUUGAAGAAAUAAUUGAGGCGGCCUUUGAUCGAAGGCGUCGGAAUUAAGCUCAAAUGGUGUGUUCUCGCAUGUCGUCUGCGUUUAAGGGGACGCCCGAAUAAAUGUCGUUUUUCUUCA